AUGGACAGCCUAUCCCGACUGAUCGACAUGCCAACCUAUUCUGCCUGGCUCGCUUUGCUGGCCGGCAUGACGUCCAGGCCGGGCCUUGUUUGUCCCGCUUCCGGCCUCCAAAUGCCGGCCGGACCGCAGAACGCCGACAUGCAAUGCCUUGGGUCCAAGUCGCCCCGGACGGACUCUUGCCUCGCCUCUACCGUCCUUCCACUCGAGGCCGAGGCGCCGGCCGCCACGCCUCUUCCGACAGUCCGAGGCUGGCCACCGUCGCAGACCCCGGCACGCCUCAUCGACGCCGACUCUGCCACUUUCCUGCCCACCGGCCUCGUUAAUCGCAUACCACCUGACGGCAUGCCGGUCUAUCGGUUUGGCCUGAACACCCUUUCGGGCCAGCCAACCGUCUCCCAGUCGCCACCGGCGCUUCUGCAAACAACGGACUCCACGUCGCCACCAGACCUGCCGCCGAUGGCGCCUUUUCUUUCCACCGGCCUAUCGGCUCCGCUGCCUGACGACCGGACGAAAGAGCUGGAGGCAUUUGAAAACUUUGGAUCACCCAGCGCCUCUUCGGAGCAUCAAAUGUUGACCGGUUUCGAUGCCAUGCCCAUCGGCGGAGGUGGCGGCGACUUUGGCGCGAUGGCGCAACGUCGAACCAGUCGGAAACUGUUGCAAUGUCCAGUGCCCGGCUGCGACGGAAGUGGACAUGUCUCCGGCAACUAUGCCACGCAUCGCAGCCUCAGCGGUUGCCCGAAAGCCGACAAGGCCAUGGUACAGGCCUUUCAUGUGGAGCAAAAGUGA